UAAUGUUUUACUUACUCUAGAGCUUUUCUCCUUUUACUGGAUACUCCUCUUGUUUGAGAACCUUAAAUUUUUAAUUUUAUUUCAGUAACGUUGAUAACCUGCGAAUUUACCGUUAUUCCCGUGCGCUUAAAAAAGUACUGCUUUUCCGGGUUGAGCUUUUUAGCUAGCUUUGAAGGAGCGAGAGAAGCACAAUGAAAGACAUUAACGUGGUAGUCGAUGGAAUUCCGUGUUGUUUCCGCGAAAAACUCUGGAUAGACAGAGGUGUUUACCGAGCGGAAGAGCUGCUUAACGGAAAAGUUGGAAAGGUCAAAGAUUUCGUUACAAAAAAUGUAAAGUACACAUUAGAUGCCAACGGUGCAGAGGAAAGAAGUCGACAAAUAGCAAAGAUAAAGGAGUCGUGGAAAAGAAUGCGCCGCUUAUCGCAUCCUCACGUUUUAUCUUGCGUUUCGGCGGAGUUGAAUUGGGAUCAGGAUGACCCUCUGAUUUUAAAGACAAGCUACUUGAUGGGCACGCAGAUUAUGGAAUACAGCCCAGAGGGUGAUUUGGCUUUUUACAUGAAAGCCAGAGGAUGCUUGGAUGUCUGCGAGGUACAACAUUACAGUCACCAGCUACUGCAAGGCAUACACUAUCUGCAUGCCUCGUUUAUGGUUCACGGAGAUUUAAAGCCGCAAAACAUUCUGGUGUUUCCCGAGUCGUCCAUGCGGUACGGAGUGUGCUUGAAGAUUGCCGAUCUGGACUACCAUACCGCGCUCAGUAAAUCCAAGACGCAAACGGGCCACGAUGCCAGUUCCGUUGACCGUAGCCCACAGUACCAAUCACCGGAAAUGCUCACCCAAACCAAAAUUGGACGUGGAACGGAUAUUUGGAGCUAUGGCUGUCUUGUUCUGGUCAUGCUGACCGGGAAAGAGUUCCUGUUUAUUGGUCCACAGCCUGAGUGUAUUUUGGCCCAUUUCUCGGAUCCGUUUGAUCCGGAAAUGAAAAAACUUGGUUAUUGGGAAAUGAACCGGGCCGAUGCAGCGAAUCGCAAAAAGCCAUCGGUCCCCGUUGUUCCGGAAAACUACAAAAGAAAUUUUGAAUGCCGUAAUUUUCUAAAGGCUUGCCUUACGGUGGACCCAGCUCGGCGCGCUCGAACGCAAGCGCUGUUUAAAGAGCCGUGGUUGAGUAAGGAACACUCACUCUGGAACGGCACUGAAAAUAGCAGAAGCAUUAUGGAAGUGCUACUUUGCAGAAAGAGGAAUAAAAUCAACGACAUCUAUUUACAUCGCCACGAAAGCUGGUCACCGACCGCAGACGAUGUGGACGACGAAGAAGACUUCAGCGAACGGCAGUGGCGGCGCGGCAUGGAAUGCGGUCGGUUUCUUCUUAUGCACUUUUUGCGGCGCGCCGAUUAUAGUCCUCACGCGUAUGACACUGCGGCCGGCAAUCUGUCAGCGACGUUGCGUGAAUGCCCUUUUCGCAGUGACCAGCUAGACAUGUAUCGAAACUAUCUAUCUAGCAGUGCAUUCAACGCUGCAUUAACCGAAUCAGAACAGAAGACCCGGCUGGCAGACUUGAAAUUUUGGAGUGAUUACACGAAGCUCAUGCUGCGAAAAUGUUUUCCGGUUUAUCUAUCAUUUGGAACCCUUGCACAAUUCCUCAAUAAUCUGAAUCAGUCGGCCGGAAGUAGGCAUACGUAUGAGGUGCGUUCGUCAGCUGACUGGAUAUUCGUGCAAAAUUUGCUAGACAAAGGUCAUCCGGUGAUAUGCCAACUAUCCGAUAACGAGAUCGAUCAAAAUGCAACGAUCCUAACGCAAGCCGACAUCAAUCGAACGGCGUCGGUCUGCCCGCGAAAAUUAAUUGAACUGGACACCGUUGUCGUCACGGGAUACAAAUCGUAUCAGCGAGAAAAAAAUUUACGGGAAACCGUUGUGAUCCUGACGAAAGCCAAUGGGUUAACCAUCGACAAGAAACUUGAGGAUUUUGAACGAUUGUGGAGAUGGGAAGCCAGCGAUCCAUUAAUGAGAUUGUACCUAAAUUCGGAGGACAUUCAUCCAUCGUCCGCUUUAUAUCAAAAUUGAUUAAUUAUCAUUUAACCGUUGUCAAAACGUAAGAAAUUUGUAAUAGUUUAAAUUGCUCCCGAUUGGAUGAUUGUUUAGUUUUACUGGAAUUACAUGAGUAAAGUG